CUUGUCUUGGCUACUGGCAUCGUCAUCGCCUCCAUUUUACCCUCAACCCUUUUGUACACCUCAUCUGCCCUGCCAAGCGAUAUUAACUGCCUGCAACAUUGCUAUCUAUCUGUGAUCUUGACGACUAAUAAUUUGCUUUUGUCCUCUCCCGCAGUAUACUUGCCUGCUUACGAUAUUGCUCUACGUUACCUGCACUCUGCGAGACCAGCGACAACACACGAUACCCCUCGGUCCAAAUUAAUACUUGCAUACCCCCCGACCUCUCGCCCGAUAGCGAUGUUAUGGCAGCUGUGAUCGGCGACUACAUUUCAGACACCACCUCAUAUCCUCAUAACAUGAUUGCCAACCCCUCCCUUCAGCACCACCACUCACACGAUUCUUCUUCAUCCUAUCGAUCUGGUAGCCGAUCACGACACUCCACCACUCCUCGAGCCCAGCGUACAGCAGCAGAACUUGCCGACUUUAACAGCAACCAUAGUUCUACUGCGUGGUCACCUGCGACGACAACAGCAACAGCGACCGCGCCGACUUCAGAGUCUACACCUACUCCAGCGUCAGCGGGCCAAACCGCCCACGUGUCGGCCACUGGCGGAGCCUCACGCUUCCCUUCCCCGCCUCCAUCCUCAUCGCCUGCUGCUGCUACCGGCCCUGCCUAUGCCGAUGAUGCAAAGAGCUCGUCUAUGGCAUCUGACGCGAGGGACUCUGGUCCCCUAGGUCACGCUUCGCGGUCCGGCCCAGUUUCACAUGCCUCUGCGGCUCAACAGCCAUCUCCCGCAUCCGACGAUUUCCAAAUAUCUAACCAAGCCUAUCCUCUCUCUGGCGGACCCUCGCAACCGCCAGAGCAGAAAGUUAUACAUAUACGUGACCUGGCACACAUCCAGAGCCUGGCCAGUGCCGACCUGCUAUCUGGCAAUGGCGGAUCCGGCAUUCUUAAUGACCCCCCUCUUCAGCAAAUGAAGUAUGAAAUUAGUGGCAUGCCUAUUGGGGACAUUAUCGAGAUGGUGGCUGCGCUAUUAACAAAGAUCACCACCACCAACGAUCUACAGCACGAUGCAAUGCAGCGCAAUGUUGCUCACCAGCAACAGGCGAACCAAUCUGGUGACUCGAGCGGUAGCUCGAUCUCGUCCUUGAACCAUUCUGUUCUCGCAUUUCAUGGCAAGAAUGUCCCUGCUAUUACCAUCCUCAGCUACCUGUCGAGAAUACACAAAUACUGCCCUACCACUUAUGAAGUAUUCCUUAGCCUUCUGGUAUAUUUUGAUCGCAUGACAGAGCGAGUCAAUGAUAUGGUUACGAAAAACGAAGAGAUCCGAAGGCAGACACAGUCGCAGCAAACAAACACAAAGACUCCUCAAGAUACUCCGAUGCGCGGCGAAGGCAUGAAUGAUACGGAUGAGAGUGAUUCAGAUCUUGCGGAUGAUGACGAUGAGGAAAUGACUGAUGCAGCUCGACAGAGUCGCCCAAGCAGCAACAAGGGGGCUGCCACUCCUACCGAACAUCCUGCCAUUGCUGCUGCAACAUACUUUGUUGUUGAUAGCUUCAACAUCCAUCGUCUCAUCAUCUCUGGCGUGACGUGUGCAAGCAAGUUCUUCUCGGAUGUCUUUUACACCAAUUCGAGAUAUGCCAAGGUUGGUGGAUUGCCGCUGGUUGAAUUAAAUCACCUCGAACUCCAAUUUCUUCUCCUCAACGACUUUCGUCUCGCAGUUCCAGUGGAAGAUCUGGAAGCGUACGCAACCAUGUUGGUCGAGUUUUAUGCCCGGGAAGUGGUAGCCAAGCAGGCGGGAGCUGGGAGUACUGAGUGAAUAAACCUACGAAGUACGCGCUAGGCACGAUCAGUGUUUUGCAAGCUGCCCAUUCACGAUGGCAAACGUCGGUCACCUGCGCUAUUGGGCGUUCUCAAAUCAACCCCGGUGACACGGCAACCGAAGACCACGCGACGUGAAAUAACCGCAGGGCGAUACAUGAAGGAAUAAAUGGCCUUUACUAUAUACCGCUGGUAUAUGGAGUUCAAGGACAACAAUCGAUAUGGAUCGGUUGGUCUGUUUUCUAUUCCGGACUCAUUGAUGGCUGUGGAAAGUGCGCCCAUCAAUGUAUGAGACUCAGAAGGAUAUGGGGAUGGGGACCACGACGAACCAUGCCUGGGGCUGGUUUGAAGAGGCCACUUUGUACGAGUGCAUUGGACACGUUUAAUGACUUGAUGUACGGAUCGUGAUGGCGAGCAGUGGACUGCUUAGUGGAUCUGUGUUUCUUGCGUAGACUGGAGUUCUUACACGGAUACGGAGAGCCAACGGAGGCAACCUGUUGGUUGGGAGAUUGGGGUUGUGACUCCUCAUUAAUUCCUAUCUCGCAUUGGAGUUGGAGGUGUUUUGGUAAAGAAGCAUUUGCUUAAUUAUAUAUUACCGUUAUGACUAGCACCUCAAGCUUC